GUUCUGCUGGUCUACCCAUUGAUUUUGUUGAUCACCUGGGCACAACAAGUCCCGAUGUCGCACGAAUACGACCUGCUGUUGCAGACCUUUCUGAACAACGAAGGCAUGGAUGAGGCACACCUGCACCACAGCGUGGCCGAAUACUUCAAGGUGAAGAGUGUGAUCUAUGAAGAAGCGUCAUGGCUGGAGCGUCACCGUGUCGCGGCCUAUGUGGUGCUCUACGUGCAGUUUCUGCAGAUGGUCUUGGCCUUCACUGUGCAUCCACGGGUGGCAAUGUUAACAUCAACGGUGCAGAAGGCUUUGUACAACAUGAUGCACUUCUUCUUUGUUUUCGCCAUCCUCUUCUUGAUGCUGGCGUUUAUGGCAAACUUCCUCUUGGGCGGUCGCAUUCACAUUUUUGGCACCUUUGGCAGUGCAUGUUCGGCACAAGUUCGCAUGCUUUUUGGAGAAUUCAUUUAUGCUGAUGGUGUCGAAGUGCUUUCGGGGACCGCCCUUGUGAUGUACUGGUUGUACGCCGUCUCUUUCAUGCUCAUUGUGUUCUUCACCCUCCUCAAUUUCUUCCUCGCAAUUAUUGUGGAUGCAUUUGUGGAGGUCAAGGAUAAUUGUAGCCAGCUUCGCUGCACCCAGAGCUUCUUUGAAGACUUAUGCUCUAUGGCUGGAACUUUGUACCUCCAAAGGAGGUACAAGUUACCUGCAUCAAAACGCUUGGUGAAAUUCCUAUCCGAAAGUCUGAAAGGUUUUGAAGCCGUCCCAAAGGGAUCUGAGAGUGAGGGGAAACCCCCUCUGUUUUCAGCCGAGGCAAUUCGUUCAGAAUUUGGGUUAGAGGAGUCCGCUGUGUGUCACUGGUUGUGUCGGAUUGAAUCCAUGAGUUCCGUUCCCUUGGUGCACGUGCAGUACCCUGACGAUGUUGACGAUGAGGAGCCACCAAAACCUGCACCAGAUGAGACGAAAGAAGUGGUCGAAGUCCAAGUCGGACAUGAUGCGAACAUUGCGAACAUCGAACCAAUCACACACAUCUAAGGCCAUAGGCCCCACAAGGGCCAUGAUGGGUGCGGAUCAAAAUGAUCAAAGCUCCCACAAGGGAUGCGUUAAUCCAUUCAUGUGUUGCGUUAUGUUUCGUGCGUAAAAAGUACGACACGUCUUCGUGGUUCUUCAGUCGUUUUUGGAUGUCUGUAGAAUCCCAAUGUUGACCCGCAAUCCAUCAUCAGUUGAUCAGUUUGAUCAAAAGACCGCAGGGAACCAUGGCUGCGCAAUGGUCCAUCCAUGGCCGCACCACGAUGCACAAGACCCACAGGGACUCGCCAAAGGCGACUGUUGGCUCCGUCUUUUUUGGGAAACCAGACCCAGACGCGGUUGGAGCAAAAACGCUGGUGGAACUCCUUGGAAAUCAUUAAGCUCUAUU